CACAUCACAAGUCUGUUGUCUUCCGUCUUCUUGGCAACGCCAUCCGAGUUGUAAACGUUGCUAGGGAAGCCACGGAGCUAAUUUUAAAAUUGCUGCUCCAAUGUUGACAGUUCACUGAAGCAAUGAAAAAGCUUAAUCCAGCUCACCACAACUUGUUUCAGACAUGAAGAAAGGAUGACUGAGAAUGGAGAGGAAUGUUCGCUCAACCGCCCCUCUGAAGCUCCUGGUAAAGGAGACUAUGGUAAUGAUGAAAGCAGGACCCCCAAAACCCCCAUAGCUGAUGUGAAAUCUACUAAGAAGAACAAUGAUGCUGGACAGGCAGACAGAGAAAUUCCUGUGUACCUGCCUUGUCCCCCCUCACUUCCCAAACUUUCCAAGUUUGGUACAAAUGUGUCAACUGAGGAGACUGUGAGGACCAGGAGGCUGAGAAGCAGCCAGGAGAGCCUGAGUGACAGAGCAGAGACGGGUUCAUCCACAGACUCUCUUAAAGAAGACCGAAUAUCUCCAAGAAAUGAGCAGGACUCCAACAUGAGACCUCUCUCUGCAUUCACAACGGGAUCCCCAGUCUUUCAGGACAGGAAGAGCAUGCUGUUGGAGCACGAAAGGAGGCCGCACAGCCAGCAGAGUGUCCCAGAAGACCAUUGGGGGAGAUCUUCCAAGAUGCGGCUGUCUCCAGUGCAGCCCACAGGGCCCCUGCCCACUCUGGACAAGAACUUUGUGUCAGCCACUUUAAGGGCAGCUAAUAGGAUUGACAGGGAUUGUUUGGAUUAUGGCAUGCUGGUCAAAGAGAAGGAUGGUGAGAGACUCCACAGGAACCUGAGCGACAGCCGGCUUCUGGAGAACAUAGGUUCGGACAGCGCCUCUGUAAACUCCAUGAAGUCCGUCUACAGUGUUCUAAGCCCCAUCAGACCCCAGGAUGUAAGAAACAGGAGUUUCCUGGAGGGCAGCAUGCUGGGAAGUGGUGCCUUGCUUGGUGCUGAGGAGCUCGACCGCCACUUCCCUGACAGAAGAGUGGGUGUCUACGUCGUCACAUGGAACAUGCAGGGGGAGAAGUUCCUUCCAGCAAACUUGAAUGAUCUUCUCCUUCCAACGGACUCUGAAUUUGCACAAGAUUUUUAUGUCAUUGGGGUUCAGGAGGGCUGCCCUGACAGAAGGGAGUGGGAGACUUGUCUUCAGGAGACUCUGGGACCUCACUAUGUUAUGCUAUACGCCGCAGCACACGGUGUUCUCUACCUUACUGUUUUCAUUAGGAGAGACCUCAUGUGGUUCUGCUCAGAGGUGGAACAUGCCACAGUCACAACCAGAAUCAUCUCUCAGAUCAAGACUAAAGGGGCUGUGGGCGUCACCUUUACCUUCUUUGGAACGUCCUUCCUCUUCAUAACAUCCCACUUUACAUCUGGAGAUUCCAAAGUUUACGAGAGAAUACUCGAUUACAACAAGAUCAUCGAGGCUUUAGCUCUUCCCAAAGGCCUUCCAGACACCAACCCUUAUCGCUCGUCACCAUCUGACGUCACCACAAGGUUUGAUCAGGUCUUCUGGUUUGGUGAUUUUAACUUCCGGCUCAGUAAAGACCGGGCUGAUGUAGAAACCAUAAUGAAGCGAACAGUAGGUGGCGAUAUGAGCCCUCUGUUGGAGCACGACCAGCUCUCUAAGCAAAUGAAGGAUGCUUCGAUCUUCAAAGGUUUCCAAGAGCCACCAGUACACUUCUUUCCAACGUAUAAAUUUGACAUUGGCUGUGAUAACUAUGACAGCACCUCUAAGCAGAGAACACCUUCAUAUACAGACAGGGUUCUGUUCAGGAGCAGGCAGACUAAUGACAUAAGAGUGCUGAAAUACAACAGCUGUUCCAGCAUCAAGACCUCAGACCACAGACCCGUCAUUGGCGUCUUUCAAGUAAAACUCAGGCCCGGAAGAGACAAAUCCAAGGCCAUGUUUUUUUCCCUUUAUAAUAUUUUCUUGUGUCUUGGUCAGUAUUCCUCUUUGUGGAGGACUUUUCGACCGAAGUUUGUACUUGGAGGGCAUCAAGAGGAGGAUGACCGCCAGAGAGCUGAAGAGGAAGGAGGCCAUAUCGAGCCAGAGUAGCAGCACCAUCUGCACCAUCUCCUAAACAUUUCGAUGAACUCUCUCCAGCCGGGACUGAACCUGUGCCACAGGAAAUGGACCAAAAUGAAAACCAGUGUUGUCUUAACUUGCUGUUGGGAUCUGAACUACAACUGAGCGCAGCGACCUUAAGGUCAUACUGAUAAGAGUUUGCAGACAUCAGCAGUCUGGCCUUUAUUUAUUUAGCCUUCUUUACUCAAACAUGACUGGAACAGAUAGAGUGGGUUGGGGGUGUGGAGAGACCGUUGUGACUUACUCUUCAGUCGUAUGCUUCGACAUGGACUGAUUCAACCUUUCACGCUCUGCAUUGAUCUUAAUACUGUUUCGAUAGCAUCCUGAACCAUAAUGUUGCAUUUUUCUGAAUAAACAAUGAAAUGCCUUGCGAUUAACCGUGCACUGAACCCUAACUGGUGUGAAAAUGUUGGUGUUUGGUGUCUUUUGGCCGUACCAUUUCAGCUGAGGUCAGUAAAAUUUAAAGAGCAUGAUGAAGAGAAAUGAAGGGGCGACUUGUUUCCAUUUCAGGGAAAUUUGAUGUUUUUAUUUAUAGGAAGAAUUUUAAUGAACUUUUCUUCAGGGAACUCACCUCUGUAAAAGCUAUGUUGGAACCUUUUAAUUAUGGGAUGCCUGUUACUUCUAUUACCAUCAUUUAGGCCAUCCAGUUCUCAUCAUAACACUAAAUUAAUGCCUUACCUCUCAUCUAAUCCCAUAUAUACUGUAAACUUUCAAUGUACUGAAUGUAGCACAGAUAUGAACUUGCAUUUUGAGCUUAAGAAGCUUUCUGCUCAUAUAAAAAAGUGCCUGUGGGUCGUGGUAUCAUGUCAACAUGACCCAUCUUAAUUUGCAACUUUUGAUGUAAUCCAAUUUGUAACAUACUGUAAUAAAUGUAUGAAAAAUAA